AAAAUCAACAACCCAAAACAUAAUCUUAGCCAAACCCCUUGCUCCUCCCUCACCAACAACACCAUCUGCUGUGACCGAACCAACUACCACAGCGAUAUCUGCUUCAUGAUAGGGGAUGUAAGAACUCACUCCCCCUCUUCUUCCAUUUUCCUUUACUCCUCUUCCAAUGAUACCAAUCUCAUCCCACAAGAGGAAAAGAUCAAACCCUACACACGUAAAUGGGAGGGACCCAUCAUGGUCCAUAUCGAUGAGCUCCACCUUCGCACCAUCCACUCUCCCAAUGCUUCCCUCCCUUGUGAUGUCCAUCACAACGUCCCAGCUCUCUUCUUUUCUGCAGGUGGGUACACAGGCAACGUAUUCCACGCAUUUAACAAUGGCCUUCUGCCCCUCUACAUCACCUCCCACCACCUCCAACGUCAACUGGUCCUCGUCGUCCUCCAGUAUCGCCAUUGGUGGUUCACCAAGUACCAAGAGAUCCUUGCUCAGCUCUCAGAAUAUACUCCCAUAGAUUUCUCCAACGACUCGAGGAUCCACUGCUUUCCAAGUGCCAUCGUCGGCCUCCACUUCCAUGGGACCCUUGCGGUCAACCCUACUGAACUAUCUGACAACAAAUCUAUCACAGACUUCCAUUGCAUGCUCGACAAGGCCUAUAAGUCCAAAGUAGAACAGAUCCCUUCGCAGAAUCUUAAAGAGAGAAGUAGUAAGCCUCCGAAAUUGGUGAUUGUGUCUCGGGAUGGGACGAGGGUGAUAGAAAACGAGGCGAAGGUGUCGCAUUUGGCGGAGGAAAUCGGGUUUGAUGUGGAGGUAUUGAAGCCAGGGAACAUGAUGGCGAUGGAGAGGAUCUACCGAUCACUGAGUUCAUGUGAUGUGAUGAUGGGGGUUCAUGGAGCUGCGCUCACUCACUUCUUGUUCAUGAGGCCCGGGUCGUCGAUGUUUAUCCAGAUCGUACCGCUUGGAAUCGAGCAGUUGGCAUGGAGUUGCUUCGGAGAGGCAGCGAUAAGGAUGGGACUCAGAUAUGAAGAAUAUAGAAUUCUCCCAAGGGAGAGCUCACUCUACUGGAUGUAUGGAGGGGACGACCCAGUGGUGAAAGAUCCAAAUGGUACGAAGGCCAAAGGAUGGGAGAUGACUAAAGAGGUGUAUCUUGAAGGGCAAAAUGUAACGUUAGAUCUUGGCCGCCUAAAAAAGACCUUGGUGGGAGCCCUCCAAUAUGUGGUUUCAAAGAGAAGGUAUUAGGUUCCACUGCAAUUUGGUAUAUUUGAUACACUGAAUU